CUUUAUUUCGAUGACCUGAACUCUGAGCAGUGGCAAACUCUCCAAGCUAAAUGUGAAUAUUUAAAUAGUCGGUAACGUAACACCACAUGCACAUUAAUAAACAUUUAGUGCCAGUGUUAUCCUGCCUUCCAAUGCUCAAAAUAAGAAUAAAGAUAGCAAUAAUGAUAUCUGCUGUUGCUGUGUGCUUGCUUUUCCCCCGUUUAAAAAAACAAAUUCAAGCCAUUUAAAGUCAUGUGAUCUAGUCCUUGUUGUCGUCAUAGCAGUGUAUUGUCGUAAAGUGACAGCGGUGUCGUGUCACUAUUUAACUGCUGAACUUCCUUAAACUUUUGUUUACUUGUCUUUAAGAAACUAUUCCGGUGUAUUUUACCAAGCCUGGAGACGUGAACAAGCAUACGAGCUCGAGCACUGCACUACAGGGUGCCUGUCUGUUGGACCAAGAUUGGCUUUCUGUUUCCAACAAGGAAGAUUACAGUUAGAUGUUAGGUGAGUGGAGAUAAACUUUCUGGUCUCCCAGUGCCAAAGUCUGAACAGGCAUUAUUCUGGAGAGUAAAGGUCAAACAGCCAAGAGGGCAACACUGGCUAAAAUGUGGGACACAGGCACCCACCUCUGCUAAAAGCAUUUUUGGAGUGGGUUUGAACAGACUUCUUUCUCUUUUUAGGACUUCCAAUCUGCCUCAUAUUACUCUGACCCGAGCAUCCUCCUCUGUCACACCCCUGCCCCUGCAUCUCGCCACAUCUCCGCUGUUUGUGGAGCCUGAUGAUGGGUUUCUGGCAGCCGCUGACUAAUCUUAGAGAUUAUGUGUCACAGAAUCCUCCAGGGACUACGUUUUUCCUGUGUUUGCUAACUCUGGCUAUUUCAUUUCUCUGCCUUAGUUCUUACAGCAACACUCACACUCUGCCUAACCCUGACAUAACAAAGGACUGGAACCGUGUGUUGUCCUCCUUAUCAACAUUCCGCCUAUGUGUGAAAGCAAAUGAGCUUAAUUCCUCAGUCCAAUCACCUCUAAUCAAGCAGGAAGAGGACAGAAAGACCUCAGUUAACUCAGCAAAGAGUCCUCCUUCUGUCACCCAUUUACAUCUCAAGGUUCCUCUUGCUCUUGUGACUUCCAGCUCUCCGAGUGUCUCGCUGAGAGAUCUCAGUCUACAUACAACCUUGAGAGCCAGUCAGCUGCUUAUUGGAGGCAAUGAAAAUGUUAAUUUGACACUAGAGUUUCUAUCUGACAAUGGUAGCUACACCUGCCUCACUAUAAGUGCCCCAAGUGACCUCCUGCCAACAAGUGUUCGUCCUCCAGAGUGCCCUGAGUCAGAGAAAAAUAUUUCAUCCUUCUAUGUGGAGGCAAGUAACCAGCUACCUACAGCAUCACCAACCUGCUACAGUCUGAACUUCAAGGAUGAUCCCACUCUUACAGUCAUGUUAACACAGGAGGAACAGAGUGUGGCAGUGCAACAUCUGUUGGAAGUCAGUGUGUGUCUCCUUGGAGUUUGUUUGAUGCUCUGUAUAGCUGCUUGUCAACCACAUGCACUAAAACGCCGCAACCAAUGGAAUGGACUGAACCAACAAAGUGAACCCUUAAUAGACAGCUGAGCGAUUAAAUCGGUUGAUGGUUGGAAAGAGAGGGCUACGCCUAACUACAGCCUACAGAAGAAGCUGGUUUGUUGUUGGAGUACUACUAACUGUGAAAAUAUUUGUAUAAUGCUGCUUUGGAGAAAGCUCUCCUAAAUUCAUACUUGGGACUAAAGUCAGGGUACAGCAACCUCUCUUGGAACAGUUUGAACCCAUUUACCUGUCUCUCACAAGUUUUGCUACAUUACGAAUGUGUAAUAUGUAAAAUCAUUUUGAGAAACAUGGCCAUGGUAGAAAAUGAGUUAUAAUUUAUUAUUUAUGGUGUGCUUUUCAAAAUAAAAGACAAAAAUGUUAUGAUAAGGCGGUGAUGAAGACAUUGCUCAAGACUGAAGAAAAUGGAUGAAAUGUGGGUUAAAAUUGCUAAUAUAUUUGCCUUCUAUUUGUUUAAUAACAAAGUAUUAACAGAUCAUUGGGCACUGUAAAGAGUGUGUGUAUAGAAAUUAGCAGUGCUAUGAACUGUUUUUCUACAGGAUUUUACGCUUCUCAGCAACAAAUGACUGCAGUCAUGCUGUUUCAAACAUUUUUCUUUGCUGUAGAAGGAAUAGCUUUACUUGGGCUGUUUUGUUGACUAAUGUGAUUCAUUUGUCAGUGUCAAACACAGGUAUUACAGUAAGCACUGUAUUGUACUGUAACUGUAAUGUCAAUAAAGGCUAAAGCCAGGCUAAGGGGAAUGUGAAGGUGAGUGA